AUGGACACCCUGCGCCGGAGCCUCUCCCGCUGGAAGAGGUACCACAUUAAGGUGCACCUGGCUGAUGAGGACAUGAUGAUGCCCCUGACAGUCAAGCCCAGGGACACAGUGAUGGAUCUCAGGGCUCACUUGGUGCGGGAGGGAGUCACUUCCUGGAAGAAGACCUUUUACUACAACUCCAGGCAGCUGGAGGAGCAUGAGACGCUCAAAGAGGCCAACAUCCAGAACGGCUCUGUCCUGCUUCUGGUCAGCAAUAAGAGGGAGGUAGUGCCAGAGAGCACAGCCAAAGCCAGGAGAGAUGGGGGAGCCUGAGGAGGGCUGAAGGGAAGCAGAUGGAGGAGAGCUUGGCUGUGCAGAGGCAGCCACCAGCCUCUGAGAUAGGCUCUGAUUGACACUUCAAAUCUGCCUGACAAUCUUUUAUUCUGAGUGC